AUGAUCACUGGGUACGGAUACGACUACCUUCGUAUAUUGAACAUUCAGCUUGACGGGCUUCGUCCUACCCUAGGGCUGGUUGAAGAUGGAGGUGCCAAUAUCGACAUUGGCCAAAACAGUAACGGGAUCAUUGUAUCGAACAUCGUUUCCAAGAACACUCGUGGAUGGAGUUGCCUUCACCUGCUUCAGUCGGGCACUUCUAAUCCCUGCACAAACGUGACAAUCAGCAAUAAUAACAUCGGCCCUUGCGGAAAUGAGGGCCUUAGCUCCACUGGUGUGUCUCAAUGGGCGGAUGGUAUCUCGUUUGCUUGUGAAAAUUCUCUUAUCGAGAAUAAUUUGGUCAACGGUAGUACUGAUGGAGGAAUUGUCUUGUUCGGAGCUCCCAAGACAACCGUCAAAGACAACACCAUUAUUUCCUCCACCACGGAUUCGGGCUUCGGUGGGAUCAACAUGGUCGACUAUCUCUACAGCGCGGAAACCUUCCCUUUUGCUAUUGCCAUCAAUGGCUGGACGGGUGGUCUCACGAUUACUGGAAACGAUGUGUCUGGAGUGAACAGCCCGAGCUCUGGUUACUCGGAUUCGAAUUCCUGCAACGCGGCAACCAAGGCGUUGUGGAGCGAGAGUGCCCAUCUCGCGUACUACCCGGCCGGUCUCACAGGUACCAACAGUCUGCAGUCUGGCUUUGUCGCCGCAUCGGCCAACUCAACCAACUUCAUCUGCACUACGCCCCUGCUCCCGACGUCGGUUACAUACGGACUGAAUGAGCUCAAUGUCGGGGUUAAUGAGGAUCUUGCCAACCUUCAUGGCAAUAUAUACACCUCAUACCAAGGCGACAAUAAUAUUGUAGUGUACAAUACUGCGACUGGCACCGCCGUCGUCGAGUGGUCCUCUGGGCAUACAGAUUCUGCCUGCAGCACCACCAGCACGUGCACCUGUGAGUUCCAGGGCGAUGGGAAUUUUGUCACGUAUGUGGACGGGGUGGCGCAGUGGUCUUCUGGGACAACAAACGAAGGCCAUACUUUGACUUUCUUGAAUGAAUCUCCAUGGAUUGAGAUUGCGAACGCAGCUGGAACGGUCAUUUGGACCACUGCUGAUUCGUAAGCUGCUUGGGGCCUGCUUCCGCUAGCACUUGAGCCUCGGUAUGACCUUCGCAGAACAGUACAAGAGAUGGCAGCUUUUCUAUCAGAUCUCGGCCAUGGAUGGGAAGAAAGGGAUAAGAUUGCAACAGAGGCACUGUAG